UGCCUAUAACUUUAGUUUGGGUGAAGGGAGGGAAGGAAACACCCACCCACUUUCGUUGACAUCAAAUUCAAUGAAGAAAUGUGCUGCUGCUGAGGUCAGGGGUGAGACAGAUGGGUGGAUGGAUACCACCAACCCCAAUUCAAUCCGUUCCAUGGUCAAUUCCUCACUGCCUUUUCUUUGGUUGGCGAAUGAAAUAAGUGAGAUUUCGUCUGAAAAGAAAGAACUGAUCAAGAUUGAGAUUUGGAAGAACGGGUCCUGGCUUCAAUUCAAUUGGUUACUAGUAUAAUAAUGCUCUGGAUUCAAGGAAGGGGCCCUGGUUUCAGCUUGCUGUCCCUUUCUCCCCAUUAAUCCCAUCUCCAGCUUCCAUUACAAUACUGAUUCUCUGCCGGACUCCGUGCUAGUUACAACUCCCACUUUUUUUUUUUAACCCCACCAUUCCUGCCCUGCCCUCCCUUCCCUCUUCGUCCCUUCUGCUGCAUCAUCGGCGGAUCGAUUCGUCUCCUCAGUUUGCUGAUUUGCUUUGUCGUGCUUCCUGGGAAUGGACUCCUCCAUCAGAGAGAGCCUGCAUCAGUGAACUCUGAACACUCCUGCCAAAUCAGGAAAUUUUCUCUGCAACGGCGUCAUGUUACAGUCCGGCCUGUUAUAUCUUUGCUCCAUUAUCAUCACAUUGUAUUUUGCCCAUGUGCAACCGACGACUGCACAGAUCAUGGCACCAUGGGAAGUCGAUGCUUUGAGAGCUAUCAAAGGCAGCUUGCUUGAUCCACUUGGACGUCUCGAUAGCUGGAACCGUGGAGAUCCAUGCGUCGGAAAUUGGUCCCGUGUUAUCUGUUACAAUGCAACAGCAAGCGAUGGAUACUUUCAUGUGCAAGAACUGCAGCUUCUACAGCUGAAUUUAUCUGGAACUUUAGCUCCUGAGCUUGGCCAGCUUUCUCACAUGAAGAUAAUGGAUUUUAUGUGGAAUUCAAUCAGUGGGAGCAUUCCUAAGGAGGUUGGCAAUAUUACUUCUCUGGAACUACUGCUCUUAAACGGGAACCAGCUGUCUGGUUCUUUACCAGAGGAAAUUGGCUUCCUUCCUAAUCUGAAUAGGAUUCAGAUUGAUCAGAACCAUAUAUCCGGAUCCAUACCUAGAUCAUUUGCUAACCUGAACAAUACCAAACACUUUCACAUGAACAACAAUUCGUUGAGUGGUCAAAUUCCACCUGAAUUGUCCAGAUUACCUUCACUCGUUCACCUAUUGUUGGAUAACAAUAACUUAUCGGGCUAUCUUCCUCCAGCAUUAUCGAAGUUACCAAAACUGCUUAUCAUUCAGCUAGACAACAACAACUUCUCUGGAAGUUCAAUUCCUUCAUCUUAUGGCAAUAUCACCACACUUCUGAAAUUGAGUUUGAGGAACUGCAGCUUGGAAGGUCCUGUUCCUGAUGUCACUGGAAUACCGCAACUUGGCUAUUUGGAUCUUAGUUGGAAUCAGUUGGCGGGUCCUAUACCAUCUGGCCAACUAGCGAGCAACAUAACCACAGUAGAUCUUUCUCAUAAUCUUCUUAACGGUUCCAUCCCUAGAAGUUUUUCCAGCCUUCCUAAUCUCCAAAGAUUGUCAUUGGACAAUAAUAACUUGGAUGGUCCUGUUCCAUCUGAUAUCUGGCAAAAUAUUGAUUUCAAUGGAAACAGGAGCCUUGUACUGGAUUUCCAUAACAAUUCUCUCACCAAUCUAUCAAGUCCACUUACCCCUCCUGCUAAUGUUACCAUCCUGUUAUCUGGAAACCCCAUAUGCACAUCUCAAAACCAACUGAAUAUAUCUCAGUAUUGUCAAUCAGCUCCAGUUGUUGUUCCUGGAGGUUCUGCAAAUAACAGUACACUUUGUCAGCCAUGCUCUACCGACCUUCCUUACGAAAUCAUAUUAAUGUCACCGAUUCAAUGCAUAUGUGCUAUUCCGCUUUAUGUCGAGUACCGGCUGAAGAGUCCAGGAUUUUGGGAUUUUAUUCCCUAUGAAGUCCAAUUUCAGCAGUACCUAUCAUCUGGGCUUUCAUUGUCCUUGUACCAAUUAGAAGUUUCAACUUUUAUGUGGGAAGAAGGGCCAAGGCUGAAGAUGAAUCUGAAACUGUUCCCAAAUAACACUGCCUUAUUUAAUGCAAAGGAAUUGUUAAGACUGAGAAAUAUGUUCACAGGCUGGCUGAUCAGGGACUCUGAUAUAUUUGGGCCCUAUGAGCUUAUCGACUUCGACCCAGGGUGGUACAACAACAUACUACAGCGUCCUACAAAGUCGGGUUUGAGUACAGGUGCCGUUGUUGGUGUUGUCAUUGCAGCAUUUGCUGCAGCAGCGAUUCUUUCAUCCCUCAUUACUCUCAUUAUAUUGAGAAGGCGUUUGAAACAUUCUUCAAAGAAACGCGCUGCAAAAAGAGUUCCGAUGAAAAUUGAUGGCGUAAAAGACUUCACUUUUGAAGAAUUAUCAAAUUGUACAAAUGAUUUUAGUGAUUCGGCACUAGUUGGUCAAGGAGGGUAUGGGAAAGUAUACAGGGGGGUGUUGGCUGACGGAACAAUAGCAGCAAUAAAACGUGCACAGCAGGGAUCACUUCAGGGUUCAAAGGAGUUCUUCACAGAAAUAGAAUUGUUGUCCAGGCUGCAUCACCGAAACCUGGUUUCUUUGCUUGGUUAUUGCGAUGAAGAGGAUGAGCAGAUGCUGGUGUAUGAGUAUAUGCCUAAUGGUACUCUCCGUGAUAAUCUUUCAGCGAAAGCAAAAGAGCCUCUUAAUUUUCCAAUGAGAUUACGAAUUGCAUUGGGGUCAUCACGAGGCAUACUCUAUUUGCACACUGAAGCAGACCCUCCGAUAUUUCAUCGUGACAUAAAGGCUAGCAAUAUUUUAUUGGACUCAAAGUUUGUUUCAAAGGUUGCUGAUUUUGGUCUAUCGCGGCUUGCUCCACUUCCGGAAAUAGAGGGGAGCGCUCCUGGUCAUGUGUCCACUGUCGUAAAGGGUACCCCGGGUUAUCUUGACCCAGAGUAUUUCCUCACUCAUAAGUUGACGGACAAAAGUGAUGUGUACAGCCUUGGUGUUGUUUUUCUGGAACUACUGACAGGGAUGCAGCCUAUUUCUCAUGGGAAAAAUUUAGUGAGAGAGGUUGUGGCUGCGAACCAGUCCGGGAUGAUAUUGUCGGUGGUUGACAGGCGGAUGGGGCCUUGCCCGGGAGAAUGUGUGGAGAGGUUUGCUGCACUGGCACUGCGAUGUUGCCGGGACGAAACAGAUGCAAGGCCGUCAAUGGUGGAGGUGGUGAGAGAGCUGGAGACGAUAUGGCAGAUGACGCCGGAGACGGAGAGUAUAGCUUCGGAAUCGGUGGCCAUGGACCCUAGCAACACUGGCACACCUGCGUCGUCGAGGAUGGUUUCUGGAGGAAAUGAUCAGUACAUGUCGUCGUCCGAUGUCUCUGGUAGUAACCUGCUCAGCGGUGUUGUGCCCAGCAUCAACCCUCGCUGAGCUGAUAUAGAUACUACCGCCAUAGAUAGAUAUAUAGAUAUAGCUACUAUGUACUCCUGUAUUGUAUGACAAGACAUUCAUGGUGUGAUGCUUCAUUUUUUUUUGACCAGUUUCAUGGUGUGAUGCUUGCUGAUCGAUGAUUUUUAUGUACAAAUUCUUCUUGUUUAUUACUGCCUCUGUUUCAUAAUUCCUAAAAAACGUCUAUAUACA